AUGGGCCCUAAAAAAACUGUAAAAGCUGUAUCCGAGGGAGAGGUUGCGCCGGCCGUGAAAGACCCCGUCACGGAAACCUCGGGAAAAACUGAAGCAGAUGUAGACGGAACGAGCAAAGCACAGACGGCGCGAAAAGUUUCGCUUCAUCCACCGACUAUUUUGAUGGUGAAAGAAGCUUUGAAGGAACUUGACUCGAGAAAAGGAGUCUCGACUCAGGCGAUACAUGGCUACAUCAAGGAGAAAUACAAAUCUGUGGAUGAGACCCGCAUAAAAUAUAUGGUGAAAAAGGCGCUGACCAAAGGCAUUGAAACGGGGGUUUUUGUACGACCCGCAAAUUCCACCGGCAGAGGUGCACAGGGGAGAUUUAGGCUUGCGAAGGGAGUGCAAAAGAAAGAGAAGCCCAAGAAAGAAAAUGCUAAUCCCAAUGUCCAGAAGAAAACAAAAGCCCAAUCUGAAGUGCAGGAGCCUGAAAAUAAAGGAGAUGCCAAGAAACCCAAACCGCUUAAGAAAAAAGAAACCGUUCCUAAGGAUACAAAGCCUGAGAAAGCUGACGCUGCUUCCAAGGUGGCACCUGCCAAAAAGCCCAAAGCCAAGAAGCCUGUGGGAGAGGAUGAUCUCCAGCCCAAAGCCAAGACCCAGACAGCCUCCAAAACUACAAAGACUGAGGGCGCGGAACCCAAAACGGCUGCCCCGAAGAAGGGAAAGAAAGCUUCUAAAGAAGAAAGGGAGGGAGGGAGGAAGGAGAGGCCCGUGUGA